AUGCUGGCCCUGGAGAGCUACGUCUUCCAUGAAGGCUACACAGAGAACUACUUCAACCUGGACAUCGCCCUCCUGCGUCUGGAGGAGGCCCUGGACCUCACGUCGCACCCGGAGGUCCGACCCGUGUGCCUACCUUCGGACCCGACGAAGGUCUACGAAGGACAGACCGGGAAAGUCGUCGGCUGGGGAGACACGACCAAUGGCGACAAGAAGUACCCCGACAUCGUUCGGGAAGUCGACUUACCCAUCGUCGAGUGUUUUAAGAAAGGCGGGAAGGACAGUUGUUCUGGCGACUCGGGAGGCCCUCUGACGGUGGAAGAAGACGGGAGGUUCACCUUGGUGGGGAUCGUCUCUUUCGGCGAGGAGUGCGCCAAACGGAAUGUUCCAGGCGUCUACACGCGCAUCACUGAGCUUUUGGAAUGGAUUAGCAGCAAUACUGCUGAAGAUGGGUUAAGCCAACACGGGAUCUCACAAGUGGACCGAGACUCCGAUUACAAGACUUCGUAUCCCAAAUUGGAUGAACAUGGCCAGUUCUUUACCCAACUGUUGAUAACGCAACUGAGAGGGGCAGCUACACUGAAACCUUCCAUGGGGCUUCGUUCCCUGUUCCCUCAUCGGGGCGUUACUCCUGGACCCCACCAGCAGGACCCCCGGCUAUGA